GAGAGUGUGAGUGAGAAAGAGGGGAUAGAGUGGAAGAUGGAGAGAGAAAAGAGAGGGAAGGAAAAAAAGAAAGAAAGAAAGAAAGAAUGGAGGAGAGAACUAGAGAGAUUGAGAGUAGGGGAGAGAGGGAAAGUGAGAGCAUAGAGAAAAAGACAAAAGAAAAAGAGGGAGAGAGAGUAUCUAACAGCAGGCUGGAGACAGAGGGGAGAGGCAAUAGAUAGAGUAAUAAUAUUAGAGAUAAAGAGUGAGAGAGGGAGGGGCGGGCCGUGGAAUGCCUGGGGGUCAUGUGACUGUUUACUCUAGCCUGGGCAGAGAAGCAUGCUUAAAGGAGUGCUGAAGCAGGACACACACAGAUACACCCGGACACAGAGAGAGGGAGACAGACAGACAGACACCAAGAGAGGCAUGGCACAAAGAGUCACCCACAGUCACAGCCUGUUCCCUUCUGGCCAGGCUGAGAGGACCAGGGACGUACUGGUCAAGUCAGCGUCAGCCUAUGCGGACCUGCAGUGGGAGCAGCAGCCCAGGCAGGAUGGGAGCCACCCACCUCAGGACUACCCUCACAGGGACCACCCCCCCGUGGCUGGCUAUGUCCCCCAGCCAGAUUACAUGGAGGGAGAUGAUGAUCUCAUCAAGCCCAAAAAGCUCCUUAAUCCAGUGAAAGCCUCCAAAAGCCACCAGGAGCUCCACCGAGAGCUGCUCAUGAGCCAGAAACGGAGUGGCGGUGUUGGGAUGGAGUCUAAGCCGGAGCUGCAGCGUGUCUUGGAGGCCAGGAAGAGGGAACAGAUCCUCAAGCAGAGGAAGGAGGAAGAUGAGGCCAGAAAGAAGAUCUCCCCUCUGGAACAAGAGCUCCUCAAGAGGAAGGAGAAGCUAGAAGAGCUGGAGAAGGAGCAGGGAAAAAAAGAGGAGACUGUGAGAGCCCCAGAGUUUGUCAAGGUCAAGGAGAACUUGAGACGAACGUCCUUUCACAAUAAUGGAGAGAAAGAGGUGUAGGGACAAACCGGUCCAAGUAUACCAUUGAGUUGGAAUCUGCUGGAGUUUGUACACUUGUGUGUAUUAUGCGCGUGAGUGGACACAGAACAGCUGUGUUGUGUUGCUCUGACUGCACCACUCAAGACAACAGCAAGGAACUUCUACCUACAAGGACUGGUCGGCAAGCCAUGACACAAUGCCUUCACUAACCCACUCAGAGCAGAGACACAGCGGGAGAGACAGAGAAGGAAGGUUGACUCUGCAAUGGCUACUGUUACAGGGAUAGGUCAAACUGUAUCUGUGAUAUCCACCGUAACUGACAUGAGAGUGAGUGUUAGGGUCAAAAAGGACAACCUGGACUCGGGGGUAGACGUAACAUAGUAAACGUAAUUCUGGGACACGCCAAAUAGUUAUAUAUAUAUAUAUUAAAUAGUGAUAUGUUACAUUUCGUAUGGUAUGAAUUAGUUUGUGGAUGUCCGUCAUUUCGUAUGAUAUAUUACGAAUGACAAUUCAUACAAUAUGUUACGGAUUGUUAUUUGUACAAUAUGUUAAGAAUUUGCUGAACAUAUGAUAUGAUACGAAUUCCAAUUUGUUAGCUAGGUGGCUAGCGUUAACGGUUAGGGUUUUUUUUUUUUUUUUUUUUUACCUUUAUUUAACCAGGCAAGUCAGUUAAGAACAUAUUCUUAUUUUCAAUGACGGCCUGGGAACAGUGGCUGCCUGUUCAGGGGCAGAACGACAGAUUUGUACCUUGUCAGCUCGGGGGUUUGAACUCACAACCUUCCGGUUACUAGUCCAACGCUCUAACCACUAGGCUACGCUGCCGCCCCGGUUAGGGGUUAAGGAUAAGCUUAGGAGUUAGGUUAAAGGGUUUGGGUUAUGGGAAGGGUUAGCUAACAUGCUAAGUAGUUGCAAAGUAGCUAAAAAGUAGUAAAUACCUGCAAAGUUGUUAAUUAGCUAAAAUGCUAAAUGUUGCCCGUGAUGAGAUUUGAAUACACAACCUUUGGGUUGCUAGACAUUCGUGUUAUAGGCCUACUCAUGCAUCCCGACCAACCACCCUACUUUUGUUUUGACCUUAAGUAACCAUACCAUACCAAACAUAACAUAUCAUACAAGUGUCAAAUAUACGUUUACUAUGUUACUUCUAGUCUAUAAGACCAGGCUGAAGAAGAGGGGAGAAGCUAUUCACUAGUGGAUGUAGUGUUCCGUACUGCAAUGACUCUAGAAACAAGGACACGUAAGGUGUUAAGAGACAAAGCCAAAGUUGGUUGUUUUUCUCAAGUGUGUAACAAAGCAGUGGUCACUUUUCAUCUUAGGCUGUGUAUAUCCAAUAGUAAUUCUCUAUGUUACCAUAUAAGAAGCACACUGUACCUGCACACACAAUCAGUACAGAUUGUUAAUAACAGUAAACAAUCAAAUGUUCCUCCUACUAAUGGCAUUUAUCUUCAAUUCAAGGUCACAUGUCUCAAUGUGAAAUCUCUCACUGAGAAAGCACCUAUCUCUAACAGUGCCUUCCUACCUCUAGCUGCAUGUCAUCCUAAUCAAAAAGUUCAAACCAACGCUAUCUUUAUGAAAUGGUGGUGCGUGUAUCGCUUAUACCAACGGUAUACUAUCAAACCACAUGAUCUGAGGAAUCAGAUAAGAGUAUUUGUACAGUAUGUAGGUGAGUGUGAGUGGUUGUGUGAAUGCAUGUUGAAGACACAAGAGACUGACAGAUAUGGCGGUCCUUUGUAGCUCAGUUGGUAGAGCAUGGCGCUUGUAACGCCAGGGUAGUUUAAUUCCUGAGACCACCCAUAUGUACAAUGUAUGUGCGUGUGAGAUUGUAUAAAAGCAUCUGCUAAAUGGCAUAUGUUAUAUUAAAGAUUUUUCUCUAACCCCAUUUCACCAUUUUUUUUGUAACAUAUACAUGUUUUGAAAAGGGAUAUUUAUGUUUUGUGCUUAAGGUCUGAGACCAGGUAGAUAUUCUCACAUUUGUAAUUGUAUCACAGCGCUUUUUAAAUAGUAUUAUGUAGCGAUACAAAAUCAAAUGCAAUCAUUUGAAUCUUAUUUCCAUAAGGCACUUUAGAACAUUGAAAUUAUGUAUCUGAACAUUUAUUUUACCAAUCAAUUAUGCAUUUGUCAUUUUUGAAAUGUCUUUAAUGUUUUUAUCCUGAUUGCAUAUAGAUGGCCAUUUGUAUUUUGGUGUUUUUUGCACCAAAUAUUGUUCUACUUGUAUGAAAUAUCUGCCUUUACUGACUCCUGAAGCCACUUAAGAUGUUUAAUAUUACAAAACUGUACAUGUUAUAAACAUGAAUACAUUAUCUAAUUUCUUUUUCAGUCUCUUCAUUGCAUAGAAGCAUGAAGAUAUUAAUGUAUGAAUAUUUCAAUAGCUUUCACAAUGACAGAAUGAUUGUUAUGAAUAACAAAGGUUUGUACUUCAAAUUACUAUGGUACAUGUUUGAGAAGAGAGGUACAAAGAGCUGGAGAAAAUUGUAUUCCUUUCUAAGAAAAUAAAUAAAGGACAAACACUGCA